UUUACUACACUAACUCUUCUUUAAUUUUGUUAGUUGGAGAACAGUGAAUUGGUUUCAAUUUAUUCACCUAUUUUACCACUUUUCAGAUGUUGGGAAUUGGAAAUUAGGGGUUUUUUGGUACAAUUUUGACUGUUUAAGAGAAACCCAGGAAAAAAAUUCAAUCUUUUGAGGUUUUUAAUGGAGGGUUUGAGCAUAGAUAAAGAUGAAUGUGUUGGUGGGAGGAGAGAGAAUGGGGUUUCAAUUCAUCAUAGGCGUUCAAGGAGUGCUUCAGACAAGAAAGCUGAUAUAUCAAGAUUUGGAGUUCCUUAUUCUAUUGAGUGCAACCAUGAUUUAUCACUUGACUCACCAUUUUCAACAAGGACUUUCAUAGGGCGAUCCAUUGAUUCGAGUACAAGCUCAUCAAAUCACCGUGCCUCUUUGGAAAAGGAUGUAUAUUUACUACAAUCACGUUUGCAGCAAGAGAAGUCUAUGCGCAUUAUGCUGGAGAAAGCAAUUGGUCGGGCCUCUAGUGCUUUGUCGCCAGGUCAUAGGCAUUUUGCCUCUCAGGCGAAGGAGCUGAUUGCCGAGAUUGAGUUACUUGAAGAAGAGGUAUCCAAUAGAGAGCAGCAUGUUCUUACUCUUUACAGGAAUAUCUUUGAUCAGUGUGCCAGUCAGCCAUCUUCUGUGCAAACAUCUAGCUUGAGUUCUCCUGUUCAUACUAAAAAUAAACCAAGAAAGCAUCCUAGCAUAAUUUCAAGCGCAUUUUGUUCCUCGAAGAAAUUCCCUUUGCGAGGUCUUUCGUUAAAAAACAUUUCUGCAAAGAAAGAUGGCAAGAUUAAACAUGGCUCAUUAUGCGUAGGAAAAAUAGACAUCCAUAAUGAGAAGCCCUGUUCUAACCAGAUCAAGGUUCAUGGAAAGUCAUCAGACAUGGUGAAGAAUUCUGGUGUGCGAACAUUGAAGGAUUACCUUCAUCAGUGCCCUAGCAAAUUGUCUGAGGAAAUGGUUAAGUGUAUGGCAGCAGUUUACUGCUGGUUUUGCAGUGCUGCAUCAACAAGCUCGGAAAAUUUAAAGAAUCAUCAAUCAUCUGGUGUUGCAAAGUCUUGUGGUGAUUUUAAUCCCCAGCUUGGCAGCCAGAAAAAACAUACUUCGAAAUCCAUGCUAGAGAUAUCCUCAAUGCCAACUGAAAAAAAACAAGUUUCUCGUGCAUCUUAUGCAAUCACCAGCUAUAGAGAACUCGUUGAGCAACUGAAAAGGGUUAAUGUGAGCCAAAUGGAAGUCGAAGCCCAGAUUGCAUUUUGGAUCAACAUCUAUAAUUCACUCAUAAUGCAUGCAUAUUUAGCGUACGGAAUCCCCCAUAGCUCUCUGAGAAGACUAGCUCUGUUUCACAAGGCGGGCUACAACAUUGGUGGCAUAGUUGUCACUGCAAAUGCCAUAGAACACUCAAUCUUCUGCUUUCGUACACCUCGAGUUGGUGGGUGGGUUGAAACCUUUCUAUCGACUGCCUUCAGAAAGAAAUCUGGAGAUGAGAAGCAACUCCUUAGCUCAAAACUCAGUCUUCCUUAUUCACAAUCCCUUGUUUGCUUUGCACUCUGCACUGGAGCCUACUCCGAUCCUGUGCUGAAGGUCUACACAGCAGCCAAUGUCAAAGACGAGUUAGAACAGGCAACUAGGGAGUUUCUUGUAUCCAACAUAAUUAUAAAGAAAUCAAAGAAGGUAUUUCUGCCAAAGAUGCUCGAAAGGUAUUCAAGAGAAGCUUCCAUAGGAACUGACGAACUUCUCAAGUGGGUUUGCAAGAAUGUUGAUAAGAAGCUCCAAGACUCAAUUCAGCGAUGCCUUGAUUCUAAGAACUGCAAGAAAGCAUCUCAGGUAAUAGAGUGGUUACCAUACAGCUCUAAAUUUAGAUAUGUAUUCUCAGAAGGACUUGCUACAAAACCUUGGUGGGUUUGAUAGCUUUUGAUUUUCUACUGCCUGUAUGAUGAGAACAUAUCGAGCGCGUUCCAUGAUCACAUGUUAGAAGAUUAAUUUUCCCCAAAAAUUGUAUUAGGUUAAUGCAUAACCUAGACUUUAACUAAUCUUCUCCCUUGUUACUUUGUACAGGAGUUUUCUAGGUCCUUUUUAGUUUAUGAAUCCACAUGCUUUCAGUUACAAUCUAUCCCUAAAAUCCAAACUCUGUCUUACAAAGAUGUUUUACUGGCCGUCAUAACAUGGUGAUGGUUUUUAGGCUGUCAUUGAAUAUUAUUUGUGCCUGUAACAAUAGUUGCUAACAUUCCAAAACACCGUGUAAAAGUCAAUUUUUUUUAUGACCAUGCGUACUACAACACUCAAAUUACGACCGAAGGCUGUCGUAGGUAUUAACGAUGUUUUUU